AGCGGGCCAGUGGCACCCUACCACCAUCUCAUCAUCACAGUCCUUUGCUUGCUCCUUGUUACAUUGUCACUUUAUCUGUACCACAACCAGAUACACUCCGAUAUUACUCUUAUCACACAUACAUUCAUCUGCUUCACCUAAGAUCAUACAUAACUCUGUUCUCUCCUUGAUGGCUCGUCUAGUGUCUUUGGUGCUUCUCUUGGUCAUGGCUGGGCAUGCAGGUGCAAAUUGGUGUGUUUGCAAACAGGGACAGAGUGAUGCAGUGCUGCAAAAGGCUCUAGACUACGCAUGUGGAAGCGGAGCAGACUGCAACCCCAUCCAUCAAAAUGGACCUUGUUUCAACCCAAACACUGUCUUGGCUCACUGCAGCUAUGCCGUCAACAGCUAUUUCCAGAGAAAAGGCCAGGCUGCUGGCACCUGUGAUUUUGCUGGUGCUGGCCUUGUUGCUCCGUCUGACCCCAGCCUUCCUGGAUGUGUUUAUCCUUCCACUGCCAGUGCUACUACCAGCACAGGGACAAACACCAACACACCUACAAUUAACUCACCAGCCACCACUACAACAACAACUCCUAUCGGUGGAUCUCCCUACGUAACCACCCCUGGCAAUGGUGUCUUGGGCGGUGUUGGCUCCGGGUUAGGUCCGUCAGGACUUGGCUACAACACUGAUGUUAGUCAUGGUGGGGUUACACUUCAACAAGAUUUAAGCAUCUCCGGGCUAUCCACUGCCACCAUGUUGACAAUGCUCGGUUUAUUCUGUGCUUAACGAUGCAUAAUAGCCGAGCAUGGUUAUGGAACCGGAGGAUAAUGGAUUUCGAAUGUGCAAAUAGUAGUAGAGAUUUAAUGUAAUUGUAGCUAGUGGUAAGUGGAGCCUGCAGGAAUAUAUCUAAAAGACGACAUCCUUGCUUGUUUCUUGUCUUUUGUUAUUAUCCAUUUGGCUGAAAAGAAGGGCUCUUGAUUCCCUUUGGCUUUGCCAUAUGGUUGCCACUUGCUUGUGUAGCUACUAUCUUUUCUCUCCUUUGGAAUGUAAGUUGUUAAUUAAUCCGA